AUGGACGCGUUUACGAACAUAGGAAACCAUAUGGUCUCCGACUCCGCCUCGGCCAUCAAUGCAGACGAUGGCUAUUCUACAGUCGAUCCAGAUGAGAGUCUUCUAAGCCUGGCAGGUGGUGCCCGACGUAGGAGACACGAUGAUGAGGACGAUGGUUCAGAUGCUUUUGAUGAUGACGAACUGGAGAGUCUUGCAAGUGUUCCAGUUGGGGGUCGUCUUCAAAAGCAGAAGUAUGAAGAAGAAAAGGAGCUCCCACCCCAUGCCUGCGCGUAUUGUGGUAUACAUAACCCAAGUAGUGUCGUUAAAUGUCUCUCCUGCAGUAAAUGGUUCUGUAGUGCGCGUGGCAACACUUCCUCCUCGCAUAUUGUGAACCAUUUGGUGCGUGCACGACACAAGGAAGUCCAGCUUCACCCAAGCUCUUCUCUUGGCGACACGAUUCUUGAGUGCUAUAACUGUGGAACAAAGAAUGCCUUCCUUCUUGGUUUCAUUCCUGCCAAAUCUGACACGGUCGUCGUCCUCCUCUGCCGCCAACCAUGUGCCGCCAUGCCAUCCUCGAAAGACAUGAAUUGGGAUACGUCGCGCUGGCAGCCCCUCAUCGAGGAUCGAUCUUUCUUGCCAUGGCUUGUAGCGACACCUUCAGACCAAGAGCAACUCCGAGCCCGUCACUUGAGUCCACAAAUGAUUGCAAAAUUGGAGGAAAUGUGGAAAGACAACUCAACCGCCACUAUCGCCGAUCUCGAAAAAGCUAACAGUGUUGACGACGAGCCUGCUCCGGUUUUACUGCGAUACGACGAUGCAUACCAAUAUCAGAAUGUUUUUGGUCCUUUGGUCAAGAUAGAGGCCGAUUACGAUCGCAAGUUGAAGGAAUCACAGUCUCAAGAUGGGUUGGUCGUUCGAUGGGACCUCGGCCUUAACAACAAACAUCUCGCCAGUUUUGUUCUCCCCAAGCUUGAACUAGGUGAUGUGAAAUUAGCUGUCGGGGAUGAAAUGCGCCUCAAGUAUACUGGAGAAUUACGUCCUAAAUGGGAAGGGGUUGGUUAUGUUAUCAAGAUCCCCAACAAUCAGUCCGAUGAAGUCACAAUCGAAUUGCGCGCUAAAGGCGAUCACAAGUCAGUUCCUACGGAAUGCACACACAAUUUCACUGCAGACUAUGUCUGGAAGGCCACCUCAUUUGAUCGUAUGCAGUACGCUAUGAAGACUUUUGCUGUGGACGAAAUGAGUGUUUCGGGUUACCUUUUCCAUCGCCUUCUAGGUCACGAAGUCGCCGCAGCGCCAAUGAAGACUCAGAUGCCGAAGAAAUUCAGCGUACCUGGCCUUCCUGAAUUGAACGGUAGUCAGAUCAAUGCAGUAAAAAGUGUUUUGCAGAAGCCGCUCAGUUUGAUUCAAGGUCCUCCGGGAACGGGAAAGACGGUCACAUCAGCUACAAUCAUCUAUCAUCUUGCCAAGAUCAACGGUGGUCAAGUUCUCGUCUGCGCUCCGUCCAACGUUGCUGUCGACCAGCUCUGUGAAAGAAUCCACCGCACUGGAUUGAAGACUGUCCGUGUAACUGCCAAGUCUCGCGAGGAUGUGGAAUCGCCUGUUCGAUUUCUGUCAUUGCACGAACAAGUCCGAAUGAACGAUAGUAACAUUGAACUCAACAAACUUAAUCAGUUGAAGUCAGAGUUGGGUGAACUUUCCAGCCAAGAUGAGAAGAAGUUCAAGCAACUCACCCGCGCUGCCGAGCGAGAAAUCCUCACAAAUGCUGAUGUAAUAUGUUGUACUUGUGUUGGUGCUGGAGAUCCACGACUUGCAAAGUUCAAGUUCCGAACAGUCCUCAUUGACGAAUCUACUCAAUCUGCAGAGCCCGAGUGUAUGAUUCCUCUUGUAUUGGGCUGCAAGCAGGUCGUACUUGUUGGUGAUCAUCAACAAUUAGGACCUGUCAUCAUGAACAAGAAAGCUGCCAAGGCUGGUCUGAAUCAAUCACUCUUCGAGCGUCUUGUUAUCCUUGGCUGCUCUCCGAUCCGAUUGAAUGUUCAGUAUCGUAUGCAUCCGUGCUUAUCAGAGUUUCCGUCCAACAUGUUCUACGAAGGAUCUCUACAAAACGGUGUCUCUAUGGCCCAACGACUUCGUCGUGAUGUCGAUUUUCCUUGGCCCGUGGCAGAGAACCCCAUGAUGUUCUGGUCCAACCUUGGUAACGAAGAAAUCUCUGCUUCCGGAACUUCUUACCUCAAUCGUACAGAGGCUGCAAAUGUGGAGAAGAUUGUGACUCGAUUUUUCAAGGCUGGAGUUCAGCCCUCGGGCAUUGGUAUCAUCACUCCUUAUGAAGGCCAACGCAGCUACGUGGUUUCUUCCAUGCAAGCUACUGGUACCUUCAAGAAAGAGCACUACAAGGAAAUCGAGGUUGCAUCAGUCGAUGCGUUCCAGGGCCGAGAGAAGGACUUCAUCGUUCUCUCUUGCGUGCGAUCUAACGACCAUCAAGGUAUCGGUUUCUUGAGCGACCCUCGUCGUCUCAAUGUCGCCCUUACGCGUGCUAAGUACGGAGUGGUUAUCCUAGGCAAUCCAAAGGUCUUGUCCAAGCACCCCCUAUGGAACUACCUUCUUCUACACUUCAAGGAACGGAAAUGUUUGGUUGAGGGACCAUUGUCAAAUCUUCAGGAGUCGCUUGUCCAGUUCAGCCGCCCCAAGCAGGCGUACCGUGGGCCACAGAGAUUCCACAUGGCCUACAACCAUGCAUCGAGUAUGGCAAGUGGAAUGUCUAACGGAAGAAAUGGGAACCGCCCCGAAUAUCAUGACACGGGCUCUGUGGUUGGAUAUAUUCCAGAUGAUGUGUCCUCCGUACACUCCUCAGCCAUCGGCGGUGUCGGUGUCCCGUCUGGAUAUCCGCCAAUGUUCCAAAAUUUCGCAGAAGCGUGGCCGUCUCUUCAAGGAGGUCGUCGAGCUAAUGGCGCUCGCAACAAGGGUGCCCCAAGUGUCGCUGGCGAAUCAGUUGCUGCUACGGAAUCCGAUAUGACGAGCAGUGUGAUUGACGGUAAAGGUGGCCAAGGUGGAGUCAGUCUGGCUGGUUUGAGUAUCAACGAUAUGACAAAACAGCCUAGUCUCAGUCAAUCAGACAGACUCAAACGUUACGUCGAGUCAGGGGGUCGUGAUAGCUACAAAUCCGGAGUCAACGAUAGUGGCAGCAUUUUCGGUGGCAGCUCGGCUAGCAUUCGCGUGCCUCGUGGGCCUGGCCACGCUCAGGACGACGAUGACGCUCGCAGUGUCUCGACGGCAUUUGCCAGUCAAAUUGGUGGCAACUACGAUUGA